ACCCAGUACCUCAUCCAGAGCCCACCUUCAGUCCACUAACAGCCCACUCACCGUCCACGAGGCCAUUGAGACCAGUAGGCGCAUACUGGAGAACCACACGUUUUCUCACCAGGUCCACACACAUCCCAACAACCGGUGCUCCCCACUCAAACCCCACCUUCAGCCCACUCUCAGCCCAAACGCUGCCCCCAUGCCUGUCGAGUUUGUGUGUAAGAUUAAAUUCUCGGAGGAGGACGAGAAACGCAGGGGAAGUGCUGCCAGCCGACCGGAUGGAGAGCGUGCAAGCCUAAUCGAGGAGAAAGACCAAGCACCGGUAAAGGACCUGGCUGGUUUCGCCAGCUCGUGCUCAUUACAUGGAAUUAACCAUGUGUUCGUGUCAGGGACUGGCAGGAGUGGCAGCGGCGGGUGCGCCAGACGGGUCCUCUGGGCCUUGGCCCUGCUGGCCUCUCUGGUGCUCUUUCUGUACCAGGCGUCUGCAUGCGCCCUCUCAUACCUGUCUCAUGCCCACGUCACUGCGCUGCGUGAGGAAGCUGCCAAGGAGCUGCUCUUUCCCGCCGUGACCAUUUGUAACACGAACCGUUUCCGCUUCUCAGCGCUCACCGAUGCCGACAUCUUCCACCUAACCAACCUGACAGGCCUGCCGCCAAAGAACCCGGAGGGGCACCGCGCGAGCGACCUGCAGUACCCGGCCCCGGACAUGCAGGACAUCUUUAACCGUACAGGGCACCAACUCGAGGACAUGCUCAAGAGCUGCAACUUCAGUGGCCAGAACUGCUCCGCCCGGGACUUCUCAGUGGUUUACACAAGAUACGGGAAAUGCUACACAUUCAACGGGAAUAAGACGAUGUCAAGAAAAAUGAAGCAGGGAGGGAUGGGAAGUGGCCUGGAGAUCAUGCUGGACAUCGAGCAGGACGAAUAUCUGCCGAUCUGGAGAGAAACAAAUGAGACGUCUUUAGAAGCGGGGAUCCGAGUACAAAUCCACAGUCAGGAUGAGCCUCCGUACAUCCAUCAGCUCGGAUUCGGAGUCUCUCCGGGUUUCCAGACCUUCGUCUCGUGUCAGGAGCAGCGAUUGACAUAUUUGCCCCAGCCGUGGGGGAACUGCCGCUCCUCCUCUGAUCCAUCCAUCCCCGGGUACGAAUCGUACAGCAUCAGCGCCUGUCGUUUACAUUGUGAGACUCAGCUGGUCCUGCAGGAGUGUCAGUGCCGCAUGGUGCACAUGCCUGGCAUCGCCGACAUCUGCACCCCUGACCAGCUGAAUUGUGUGGACAAAGCACUGGAUGUGAUGCAGAAGACCUCGGGUGAGUCCUCGUGUCCAUGUGAGACUCCGUGUAAUCUGACCCGCUAUGGUAAAGAACUCUCCAUGGUGAAGAUUCCCAGCAAAGGAUCGGCUCGUUACCUGUCCCGCAAAUACCAGAAAUCAGAGGAAUAUAUCAGAGAAAAUUUCCUGAUUCUGGAUAUCUUCUUUGAAGCUCUGAACUAUGAGACGAUCGAGCAGAAGAAAGCGUAUGAUGUUGCCGGAUUGUUGGGUGAUAUCGGAGGACAGAUGGGACUCUUCAUAGGAGCGAGCGUCCUCACCAUCCUGGAGAUCCUCGACUACAUUUAUGAGGUAAUUAAGUUCAGGUUGCAGCGAGUGUUGAAGCCACAAAAAGAGGAAAAACAUCAGCAGCAACAUCAACAACCGCAGCAACAGCAGCAUCAGCAACAGUGCAGCACUGUAGCUACAGUAAAUCUACAAGAUACAAAGAUCAAGGAUACAAGUGAAAGAAUAGAGAAAAAUGCAGAAGGAGCAACAUUCACCAAAACCUUUCUCCCAAACCACCAUCACCACCAUCAUCAUCAUCGUCGUCGUCAUGAAGACUUCGCCUGCUGACCAACACACUGGACUUCCAUCUGUGUUCCGGGUUAUUUUUACUUCAGCAUUGAAAGCUACAGCCAAAGCUGAACUUUAGAACCAGACGGUGUGUUCGUGUACGUGUGAUGAACUUCAGGACAGCAGAGAUGCUUCAGAAACGGGUUCUGGAUUAGUACUUUAAUAUUUAGUGUUUUCACCAUCUGUAAGUUUUUGUCAGAAUGGUGGAGUAAAAAUGCCAUCAUCGACCCAAAGGACUCAUACAGGUCAUUUUCAGCUAGAUGAUUAUGUUGGAACGGACUGAGUGAGGUUCUUCAGCGAUAACUGAGAACACUGUAGAACAUCUUAACUGUAGAACCAUUCCAGUGUGGAUCAGAUCAGUAGCAUCUCUGUAUCCGUAUCUCUAGGAUACACAUGCUUAACGAUGUUCUCUUUAUAUAAAUAAAGGGUUUGUCAUUAAUCUCUGAAACUAUAUUAAAUAUAUAAUUAAUUUUGUAA